CGCUCUUUUCAUGCUGCUGUAUGCUUUACAUGGAACUGGAAUUAUGUAUUUAUACAAUUAUACAAAAGUGUAGUUUUUAAAUAUAUGCGUCCCGGUUCUACAUACCGGAUGAACACACGGGUACCAGCUGAACAGCAACACGGUGCUCGCUGCGUGAAGUUUGUCCCUCACUAGGGCCCGUGGAAAGGAGGCCCGUCAGUUCGUUGCCUAGCAGCAGACGACUCCAACAGCAACCGCAACUUGCUUUCCAGACAGAAGAUACCCGUGAGCUGUAAGCAGUGAAGAUGUCGGUGCCUUUCUCAAACACAUCGCUACGCGUUCCCCGGGGGUUUGGGAACGUCCUGCAGGGGCUUGCCAGGGAGGUCUUGAGGGAGCAACCCAAAAACAUUCCCGCAUUCGCGGCUCAGUACUUCAAAAGACUGCUCCGAGAGAGAGAGAAAAGCGGCAUAGAUCCAGUGGAAUGGGGUGCAGCAAUUGAAGACAGGUUUUACAAUAACCAUGCAUUUAAGACAGAUUCACAUUUGCUAAGUGGAGAGGCAGGGGAGCAAAUGGAUUUUGACAGCCCUGACAAAGAAGAAGCCAUCUUAAAGAUCCAGGCUUCCUAUAGAGGUUAUGCAGUCCGGCAAAAGUUGAAGAAAUCGGCAAAAGCUGAGAAUGAAGACACAUCAAGUAAAGAUAAGGAGCCUGUUGACAUCUGUGGCACUGAAUUAAUAGAAGCAGCUUGUGUAGCAACAACCAGCACUGCAAACCUCAACAUCUGUGCUGAUGAACUGGAUAUCGAUCUGAUGGGAGUUGGAGAAGCUGGUGAUCCAGCAAACAGAGAUGUCUGUGCAACUGAACUGGGACAGGAGCCAUCCCAUGAACUUUUACCUGUCGGCGUCGCAGACAAGGACAUUUGUGGUGAGGAACUGCAAACUCAUCCAGUUACUGAACCAGAAGGUUCAGCUCAAGAAACUUUGGAGUCAGCGGCAAAAGAAGAGGCUGCAACUGGUGCAGGGGAAAGUGUGAUUGAGGAAGGAGACCAUGCAAAUGAAGAUCGCGAGACCCCAAGGAAAGUUCAAACUGGUGACCAACCUUCAGAAGAAUCGAUGGUCCAAGCAGAAGCUGAUCCUGCUGCUACUGUGAAUGAAGCUAAGGCAGAAGAAGACCAGGGGCAACAAGCUGAAACUGCAAUGGAAGAUGAACCAGAGAUAGAAGCUCGACCAGUGAUGGAGGACCUGCAGGAAGAAGUAAGUUCUGCAGCCCCUGUAGAUGAAACUCAACCAAUAGACCAGGCAGAGCAACACAGUGAAGUAGAGGUUAGUGAGAAUGAUACAACAGAGACACAAUUCAAGACAGAGGAAGAAGCCACUGUUGAUGCUAAAGCUCAGAAUGAAAGUGCAGAAAGCGAGAACAUUGAAAAAGACCUUCAGGAACAAACUGAGGUCCCAGUUGAAGAGACCAAAAUCCAGUCAGAAGAUAAGGCUGAGGAACCCAUAGAACAAACUGAGGUCCCUGCUGAGGAGACCAAAAUCCAGUCAGAAGAGAAGGCUGAGGAACCCGUAGAACAAAAUGAGGUCCCUGCUGAGGAGACCGAAAUCCAGUCAGAAGAUAAGGCUGAGGAACCCAUAGAACAAACUGAGGUCCCUGCUGAGGAGACCAAAAUCCAGUCAGAAGAUAAGGCUGAGGAACCCGUAGAACGAAAUGUCCCUGCUAAGGAGACCGAAAUCUGGUCAGAAGAUACGGCUGAGGAACCCAUAGAACAAACUGAGGUCCCUGCUGAGGAAACCAAAAUCCAGUCAGAAGAUAAGGCUGAGGAACCCGUAGAACGAAAUGAGGUCCCUGCUGAGGAGACCGAAAUCCGGUCAGAAAAUACGGCUGAGGAACCCAUAGAAGAAGCUCAGGCACAAAGGUUGGAAGGUGAAGCAGACGAAAGCAAGAAUGACAGCAAAGAACUACAUGAGGAAGAGGAGGAAGAAACAGAGGGCCCAGCCGAGCAAACAGAAGCAGCCCAGUCUGAAGAUAAGGCUGGGAAUGAGGGAGCUGUAGACAAAGCUGAGGAAGUAGGACAUGAACAAGAGGCAGAAGCAAAGGAGAAUACUGAAGCUGACAUUGACAAUACGGUAGAGUAAAUUAUUGAGUUUCUAUUCCUGGCCAUGAUUGUUUAACAUGAGAGAAUCAAAUGAAAACUGUCAUCUAAAUACUGCAGCGUGCAGAAGUGAAGCCAUCUCCUUCCCUUGCUCUGUUUGUAAUUGUGUGAACAAAUGCCUGUCACUUUAUUUAAAGGUGCAGUGUCCCUAGGUGACAAAGUUCUAUUCCCAGUGGACAUUUAUAUUUAACAAAUAAUGCUUGUACUGUACAAAUAGGUCAAGUAUGGAGCAGUACUAUCCCUUUGAAAUGUUUCCCAUAGUAAAAGCAUAGCAUAGCCCAGAGAGGCAUGGUAAAGCAAGUCUAAAAGCAUUGCAUGCCAUGGUAAACUAUGUUAAAUGUAUAGUAACUAUUGGAAAAGCUUGGGAAAACUGCAACAUUGCUAUGAAAAUGUACACUUUAGAUGGGUUACCAAGUGGGAUAAAAUCACUAGCUGAUCAUGUCAUGUGCAAUUGGUUGCAUCUAAAUCAAUCAAAAGUCAUGGGCUGGGAUUAAAACUGAUUAUAAAGAGGGAACACUGCAGCUUUAAUUAAAUGAAUCAUUACUGCAUGUCAUUGUUUGAUUGUAAAUUGGAGUUUGAUUACAGUCAGAUGAUUCAUACUUCAUUAAACAGGUCGAUUUCAGCCUGAAUAAUACAGAAGACAAAUUCAACAAUCAGGUUCUUUAGCAUAAACUUGAUCUAAUAUGAAAAUAAAGAUAUAUUGGAGAUGUAACCAUAUCUGUGAUGAACUGGCAUUGCUCAUGCAGUGAAUGCAGAUUUGAUUUACCAUUUGACAUUCACCACAGUUACAACAAUUGACCACUGGGUGAAGCUGUUUGCUAUACAAAAAUCAUGUGAAAUAAAACAUACUAAAGAUACAUCACAGAGCAAAGUAAAAUGAUAAUGACUUCUAUAUAAUAUAAUUACUGAGUACAAAUCUAUGCAUUUAUUACAUUUAUCUUCUAGAACUAAUGUUUUAAUUGAUUUAUGUGAGAAAUGUACACUUUUUAUAUCUUCAUAAAAUGGUCAUGAUUUUUUUUUUUUUUAAAUCUACUAAAUUCCAGCCAGGUUUGCAAAUAGUAACAGCUGAAAGAAUCUUCUUUUGAAGGUAAUCUGCUCUAGAAUUUCAAUAAUAGAAAUAAGACUCCUAUUGCAUGGCAGUUUCACCCAUUCCAGGUUUUAUCAGCCCCAGUGUAUAGGUAACAAGCUCACGUGUGUCUUAUUAAACUCAUAGUAAAACCAGGAAUGGAUCAAACUGCUAUGCAACAUGUGUUUCCAUCACUGAAUUUAAAGUUUGUAAUGUACUGUACAGGGGCUAGACAAAACAUAGAACAACCUGCUAAACACAAUGUAGGGCCACCAUGUGCCACUGACGACCAGUCUGCAAAGUGUUUUAGGUUCCUCAGUUAUUACAUCAUGACUUUCAAUACAGAGAUCCAGCUUUAUAGAUUGCAGAAUAAUGCCAGGGAACAAAUAAACCAGUCAUGCGAGGAACAGUCGGUUUACACCAGCAGUGUGGGCUAUACAGUGCAGGUUUUUCCAUGGGUUUUUCAGUGCUUGUUACAAUAUCCUAUUGUAUUGCUUGAUCCAGUGUGUCUGCCUUGAAUUCUUGUAAAAUAAUGUGAUUUAUUCAGCAUAACUGGGCUUCACUCUUUUUAAUCACCUUUGAACAAUUGGUGGAGGUAUAAAUGAACAGCUAUUGAAAACA